GGAGCAGGAGCGCAAGGUCGGCAUGGAGAAGACGGUGAAGGUCUUGUCCUCCGAGGAAGAAGCCGACUCGCCGUGGUCGGACGCCGAUGAGCCCGUCCAGAACCACCGUGGAUGGAAGGCCAUGCCAUACGUCAUAGCAAACAGUAAAGGAGAAGUGGGAACGGAUGGUGACAAUAUUUCCAGUUGGUUGCCUGCAUGUGACAUGCCGUGCCAUGCCAUAACAUGUGAACCUCUUGCUCCACUAUUACGAUGAGUGUCCACAAAUCAAUCCAAAUCAGCAGGACAUGUGUGUGACCAUUCAAAAAAAAACAUCAUCAAAAAGAAAAAUGAAAAAGAAGGCAGCCCAUGUGUGUGGGUUGCAUCCAAGUCCAGGAAAGCUGAUUCUGCAGGAUUCUAACCAGCAACUUUCACAAAAAUGGAACGAGACGUUCGAAAAGCUGGGGACGAUGGGCACACUGUCGAACAUGUUGGUAUACCUGACGACGGUGUACCACAUACCGAGCGUGAGCGCCGCCACCCUCCUCAACAUCUUCUCCGGCACCAGCAACCUCGCCACUGUCGCCGGCGCCUUCGUUAGCGACACCUACCUCGGCCGCUACAACACCCUCGCAGCCGCCACCAUUUCCUCCUUCGUCGGCUUGGUCAUCCUCACCCUCACUGCUGCCUUCCACUCCCUACACCCUCCAAGCUGCAACCCCAAAGCAGGGGAGCAAUGCCAGGGGCCCUCGGGCGGCCAGCUGGCGGUGCUGCUCGCAUCCUUCUUCUUUCUCGUCGUCGGAGCCGGCGGCAUCCGGCCGUGCAACCUGGCGUUCGGGGCUGACCAGUUCAACCCGCGCACCGCAGAUGGCCGCCGAGGCAUCGCCAGCUUCUUCAACUGGUACUACUUCACCUUCACCGUCGCCAUGAUGUUGUCCGCCACCGUCAUCAUCUACCUCCAGAGCAACGUCAACUGGGCGCUCGGCCUCGCCGUGCCCGCCACGCUCAUGGGCCUAUCCUGCGCCGUCUUCUUCAUGGGAACCCGCUUCUAUGUCCGCGUCCGCCCCGAGGGCAGCCCGUUCACCAGCUUCGCACAUGUCCUCGUCGCCUCCGUCCGCAAGCGCCGCCUCCCGUUACCCGAUGAAACGUCCUCACAGCUGUUCGACCCGCCGCACCGGAGCAAGCUCGUCUCCAAGCUGGCCUACACCGACCAGUUCACGUGCCUCGACAGGGCGGCCGUGCAGGGCCCCGAGGACGAGCUGAAUGCCGACGGGAAGACGGCGGCGAACCCGUGGCGGCUGUGCACGCUGCAGCAGGUGGAGGAGGUGAAGUGCCUAGCGCGCAUCAUCCCAGUGUGGUCGUCAGGUAUUGUCUACUUCGUGGUGCUCACCCAGCUCGGCACCUACACCGUGCUCCAGGCGGCACAGACCGACCGCCGCCUCGGCCGAUCGGGCUUCGAGAUCCCGCAGGGCUCCUUCGUCGUGUUCAACAUGCUCACCCUCACGCUCUGGAUCCCGGUGUACGACCGGCUGUUGGUGCCGGCGCUGCGGCGUAUCACCGGUCGCGAGGGCGGGAUCACCCUGCUCCAGCGCAUCGGCGUCGGGCUCGCGCUCUCCGUCGCCACAAUGGCGGUGGCGGCGGCGGUGGAGCACGAGCGGCGCCGGAGAUCCGCGCCGAUGUCGUGCUUCUGGCUGGUGCCACAACAGGUGGUUGCGGGCUUCUCGGAGGCGUUCAGCGGCAUCGGGCAGACUGAGUUCUACUACAGGCAGUUCCCUGAGAACAUGCGGAGCGUCGCCGGGGCGCUCUAUUUCCUGGGGUUUGCGCUGGCAAGCUACGCCAGUGGGCUCAUGGUGAUGGUGGUGCACCGGACUACGAGCUGGCUGGCCGAGGACCUGGACGAAGGCAGGGUUGACCUGUUCUACUUCAUCACGGGCGCCAUCGCGGCAGUCAACCUCGUCUACUUUGUUGCGUGUGCACGGUGGUACAGGUUCAAGAAAUCGGACCAAGACGCCGGCGGCGUCGAGCUCGACGAUGACAGCCUCAGGAAGAAGGAUUCUGCGACUGCAGUAUCGGCAUAAAUUGGUUGGAUUUUGGCCGUGCCAUCGUGGGGAUGCAUGCAUUCAAUAAUGCUACUUCUACGGAUGAAUUGGGAAGAUCGUUUUCUCCAAUCGCACGAUUCCACGACCUGUCCGUAAUAUUACUCUGUAAACUAAUUCCGUAAGUGUAGCAUUGUUGUUCUGAGAUUAGUAGAGCAAUAGUUGGGAUACUAGAAGGACCCUGAGCACGUUGUUGUGCACGCUAUUGCAUGUGGCAUAAUGAUUUCUAAAAGUUAUUAAACAAAAAUCAUAAAACAUUGGCAGAGGAAAAUAACUCCGCCGCAAACA